AUUACAGAAACUCACCUGGCACCCCUAGUCGCUUGUGUCACAUCAAGUAUGGAUGACUACUGUGAAAUAGAGAAAAAUAAAUCUUUAUCUUAGUGUGUACGUGGAAUUAAAGAAUUGUUUUUCUACUCUCGUAGAAAUAAGGAAAGUUCUGAAAUACUCGUCAACACUUCUAGGACUACCAACGAUAACAGUCCUGGGCGUAUGAGUAUAGCAGCGCAAAUACUGGAGGAUAAGAACGUAAUUUCAGGACAAAAUUAAUAUAUUUUUCGAAAGUAUCAGCCAACUGGCUGAAGUACUUCUGAAAAUGCGUGCACUUGGAAUAUCGCUUAUCAGCCUGACGUUGACGGGGCUUGUCAUUGGAAAUGCUUACUAUCAGAAGAAACAGUUUUAUCCAUCUGUCGUCUAUAUUACGAAGUCUAAUCCGAGUAUGGCGGUAAUUUACAUUCAAUCUCUCGUGCUCGUUCUAAUGCUGGGCAAGUUAAUGAAGAAGGUUUUCCUGGGAACUUUGCGGGCGGCUGAAUUUGAGCACUUGAUGGAACGAUUCUGGUAUGCACUGACGGAAACGUGCUUAGCUUUCACUGUUUUCAGGGAUGAUUUCAAUCCGAAGUUUGUGGCGCUGUUUACAGUGUUAUUAUUUCUGAAAUCCUUCCACUGGUUAGCCGAAGAUCGUGUAGACUACAUGGAGCGUAGUCCAGUAAUCGGAUGGAUAUUCCACUUGAGAGUAGCUGGUUUGUUAGCCUGCUUGGGUUUGUUUGACUAUCAACUUAUUUCGUACGCGUACCACUCCACGUUAACCAAAGGAGCUACUGUCCAGCUCGUAUUUGGUUUCGAAUAUGCUAUUCUGAUGACAAUGGUUCUUAAUACAGCAAUCAAAUACAUGUUUCAUGCUGCGGAGUUACGUUCCGAUACUCCGUGGGAAAACAAGGCAGUUUUUCUGCUAUAUACCGAACUUAUUGUUGGGUUCAUACGUGUGGUUUUGUAUGUGAUUUUUGUGAUACUGAUGGUAAAAAUAUACACCCUGCCGUUGUUCGCAUUCCGCCCGAUGUACUAUACAAUGAGAAACUUCAAGAAGGCACUGAAUGACGUUAUUCUAUCUCGUCGCGCUAUUCGCAACAUGAACACCUUGUAUCCAGAUGCCACACAGGAAGAAUUGCAACUGUCGGAUAAUAUCUGCAUUAUUUGUCGCGAAGACAUGGUUAGCAGUUCAAAGAAACUGCCAUGCGGUCACAUCUUCCACACUGCAUGUCUACGUUCCUGGUUCCAGCGACAGCAAACAUGUCCCACUUGUAGGUUGAAUAUCCUUCGAACGCCUAUUACGACUGUUGUUCCGAAUCUCAAUCAACCGAAUGUGAAUGAGGCAGUAAAUGCAGCAAAUGUUGCGAACGAAGGAAAUAGAUCGAUCUCCACAGUUGGAAUCAAUACGACGACGGCACAAUCUAAUGUUCCUAUUUUGAAUAUGCAAAAUCCGACUGCUGUUCCGCUUAUUCCUGGAGCACCCAUAGUACUUCCACAUAUUCCAUUGAUGGGAAUGCCGACAUAUACGAUGCCUUUACCACCGGCCCCACCAGCACUAGAAACACUCACCGAAGAAGAACUGCGCGCAAUGGAAGGAAAUGAGCGUCAACAUUUGGAAGAGCGAAUCAAGCAUCUGCAUAACAUUCAUACGCUCCUUCACGCGUCUGUGGUAUUGAUGAAUCAAUACACUGCAAUGGUAGCCCGAUUGCCGCCUUUAAAUGUUCCUAGCGGCUCUAGUCCACGCUCUGAUUUGGGAUCAACAUCUGCGAUAGCAACAUCUUUAGCGGGCCCUCAUAGUUCAGCAGGUGGGUCAAACACUUCUGUUCAAAGUACUUCACAGCCAGCAGGACAGGCUGACGCUUUGUUGGAGGAUCUUGGCAGUGAUGAUGACACUAAUCUGACGAAAGAACCACUUCCGAGUACUAGUAAAGAAUUUCUGAUAACGCCAGAUCAAGGGGAAUCGGCAGCAAAGUCCACAGAAAACGUCAGUGAUAACAGUAACAUUAGGCAUGCAGAUAGUUCCGAAAUGAGCGAAAUUCGCCGUAGGCGAUUGGAAAAGUUCGGUUCAAGGACAGGAACAGAUUGAAUCUUAACGGCAAAAAGUUUGAUCUCCCCGAAGACUGGCAAUGGUUGGUGAUGAUUUCGGAAAUGUGUUUCAUUUUUGUUGUAAUCCUAGUUUUCUAUGUUGAUAACGAACUUGAGUAGGUUUUAUAUUGAUCCAUAUUACUGCAAACAAGAAAAAAAAUUAUAGGUAGCAUCACUCCAGCAACACGUGAAACCAUACUAUCUGGUAUAGAUUAUUUCAAUAAAGUUGCUGAUAGAAUAUUGUAAUGAUAAUGAAACCUUAUAUCGCACGAAAUAUAUAGUACUGAACCGUA